GCCCCCGCCUUGCGGCAUCCGGCCCGGCGUGGCAGCUCGUGGCUGCGCCGGUGCUUCGCGGUGGUGCGAGACCGAGAGCGCAGAAGAGCCUCGUCGCUAGAAGCGAAGAGAAGAGAAGAGAAACCCAAGCAAUCCGCCUCAUCCCCCGCUCGCCACGAUGCUCGCGACCGCCACGCCGGGCCUCCACGCCGCCGUGCGCCGCCUCACGCUGGCGGCGCCCGCCGCCGCGGCGCAGGUCCGCUGCGUCGUACGCCUCCCACAACGGCGCCCGGGACGUUCCGCCUCUCUGCGCGCGGUGGCGUCGGCGGCUGCGGCGGAGGCCGCCCCGCCCGCGAAGGAUGGGGCGGAGGAGCUGGGAUUCCAGGAGAUGACGUCCGGGACGCGGCGGCGGUACUACAUGCUCGGGGGAAAGGGUGGGGUCGGGAAGACGAGCUGCGCGGCGUCGCUGGCCGUGCGCUUCGCCAACGACGGCCACCCGACCCUCGUCGUCUCCACCGACCCCGCGCACUCGCUGAGCGACUCCUUCGCGCAGGAUUUGACUGGCGGGUCGCUCGUGCAGGUAGAGGGUCCUGAUGCGCCCCUGUUUGCGCUCGAGAUAAAUCCUGAGAAGGCUCGAGAAGAGUUUCGGACAGCAAGUCAAAAGAAUGGAGGAACUGGGGUAAAAGAUUUCAUGGACAGCAUGGGCCUUGGAGUGCUUGUUGAGCAGCUUGGGGAGUUAAAAUUGGGUGAGCUUUUGGACACGCCACCACCAGGAUUGGAUGAAGCAAUAGCAAUUUCAAAGGUUAUGCAAUUUCUUGAAGCACAGGAGUACAGCAUGUUUAGCCGCAUUGUAUUUGAUACUGCCCCUACGGGACAUACACUUCGGUUACUAUCAUUGCCAGACUUCCUGGAUGCAUCCAUUGGAAAGAUCCUGAAGCUGAGGAGCAAGAUUGCUUCUGCGACAUCAGCUAUUAAAUCAGUAUUUGGACAAGAGGUUCAACAGCAGGAUGCAGCCAACAAAUUGGAGCAACUGAGAGAAAGGAUGGUGAAAGUGCGAGAGCUUUUUCGUGACACGGAAUCAACGGAGUUUAUAAUUGUGACAAUCCCAACGGUGAUGGCAAUCAGUGAGUCAUCAAGACUACAUUCUUCAUUACAAAAGGAAAGUGUACCUGUAAGAAGACUCAUUGUGAACCAAGUUCUACCACCUUCAACAUCAGACUGUAAAUUUUGUGCUAUAAAAAGAAAGGAUCAAACACGUGCCUUGGACAUGAUAAGGAGCGAUCCAGAAUUGAUGGGUUUGAACAUUAUCCAAGCACCGCUUGUGGACAUGGAGAUCAGAGGUGUUCCGGCUCUCAAGUUUUUGGGUGAUAUUGUGUGGAAGUAGCUUCUGUAAGGAAAGUAUAGUCACUUGAGGGUGCUUAAUAGCUCAAUUUGACUGUUAGCCCGUUGAGAGCUGCUGCCCAGUCAAGCUGCUUCGCAAAGUAUGGACACUUAGCAGUUGAGCCAGCUAUCAGCUUGGGCAGUUGGGCAGUUCUUCACAGUUUGGAUGCUGGUAGCAUACGCCAAUACUUUAAAUCUGAGUAAAUGGCCUCCAACUGGAGGGAAUUGCUGCACUAGCGUAUGAUACAUUUAGCAGUGAGGCUGGAUUGGAUUUAUUUCCAGAUCAUGUCAACUGAGCUGAGAUGCGUAGCUUCUUUAUCCCUUAGAUAGUGAUACAUAUGCCCUUUUGGCUCCAUGACUUCGGUAAAACUUUGUUCCUCUAUAUGAAUCAUGUAAAUUUUAUACAAGAGGUGAGUUUUCUCCCCUCCUUUUCCUGCUGCAA